AUGGCAAAAUCCGAAGAAGGCCCGGCUCUGGAGCGGGUGCCGAAGCCAGCAUUGGAGCUGGUGCUGGGACCAGCGGGGGCAACAGCGGCGCGAUGCGGCGCACGGCUACCUGAGGGUCUGCAGCCCAGCCCGGAUCCAAGUCCAAAGGAGCCGCCGGACGCCAUCUUCACGGUGAGUGUCCACCACCGCAGCUCGUGUGGCCUUCUCUGGCUGCUCCUCUCCUCUUCUUUGGUCUGUUCCUGCAUCUGUAGGAGGACUCCACUCAUGUACAUCCCCUGGUGGGUUGCAGCAGCCUGA